AUGGAUCAAUAAAUCACAGUAUUUAAUGUUUUCUUCAGAAUGAUUGAUUCUUAUUCAACUUUUCAUUUUUAUAGAAAAUUGAAUUCUGAAAAACGAUAAAAAUUAGUUGCUAUAUGGAGGAGAGUAUUUUUAGCAGCCUAUUUUAUUGGAAUAAUGAAAUCCUUUUAAAAUAGAGUAAAAAUUUUUGGGGCCAUAAGAUAAGAUGAUCAUAUGGAUUUAAUAGAAGACGAAGUAUUUAAAUCAAAUCAAGGGGAGAAAAGAACUUAUGUUUUUUAUCCAGAUGAGUAAUUAAAAACCUUUUGGAAUCUGCUAUUAAUAUUUUUAUUGCUAGCAACAGCUAUAAUUACACCAUUUAAAGUUUGCUUUGUAAAAAUAUCAUAUUAAAUAUAGAUUGAUUAAGGUAAUGAAGGAUUUUGGUUUUGGAUUGAUGUAAUAUUUGAUAUAUUAUUUUUUGCAGAUAUAGUGAUCAAUUUUUUAAGUGCAUUUUAUGAUGAAGAAUAAAGAAUUAUUGAUGAUUAUAGUAUGAUAGCAAAAUCAUAUUUAACAGGUUGGUUUAUAAUAGAUCUUAUUGCAGUUUUACCAAUCACUUAUUUUUUAGAUGACACUACAAAUACUUCAGCAUUAAGAUAUAAUAAAUUAUUAAGAUUAAUACGAUUACCCAGAUUAUAUAGAUUAGUAAGAUUGAUUAAAAUGUCAAAAGCAAAUCUUAAUGUGAAAAAUAAAACUCAAGCAGCUAGAAUUCUAUCUUAUUUAGGAAUUAAUGAGGGCAUAAUAAAAGGUUUGAUAUUGUUAGGUAAGAUCUUAUUAAUAAAUCACUUAAUUGCUUGUUUUUGGUAUUUUAUAGCAAAAUUUAAUAAUUUUGAAGCUGAUACAUGGAUUGCUUAAUCAAAUUUGGAGAAUACUUCCCUUUAUAAUUAAUAUAUAGCUUCUUUUGAAUGGAGUCUAUAAACAUUAACAACAGUAGGUUAUGGAGAUAUAAAAGCAACAACAAUAGAAGAAAGGAUUUUUGCUAUAUUUUGGAUGAUAUUUGGAACUGGAUUCUUUUCAUAUACAUUAGGUAAAUUGUCAUCAAUUUUGGAAAAUGUUGAUAAAAAAUGGGCUGAUUUUGAAAGAAGAAUGCAUUUAUUUAAUGAUUUUUCUAUUAGAGUUAAAUUACCUUAUGCGUUAAAAUGCAAAGUUCAUAAAUAUUAUAGAAAUAAUUAUUUAAAAAAUGUUUAUGCAUCAUUAGAUCCAAAAAAAUUAAUUUAAGAAUUGCCAUCUUAAUUAAGAAAUGAAUUAUUGAUGAUUUGUUAUAAAUAUUUGAUUGAUAGUGUUAAUUUAUUGAAGAUAGAUAAUAAUUUUACUGCUACAAUUUUACCUCAUCUAAAUUUUCUUGAAGCACAUCCAGGAGAAAUAAUUUAUAGAUAAGAUGAUCCACCAACAGAUAUAUACUUUAUAGAGAAAGGGAAAGUAAAUUUUAUUACUUAUGAUAAAUAUACUUUGAUAACAUUGUUAGAAGCAUCAUUUUUUGGUGAGAUUGAAGCUUUUGAAGAUAUUAACAGAGAAUAUUUUGCUGUAGCUAAAGAACCAACUAAUUUGUAACAUUUUACUUACAUUUAGAUUCUUUUGUUCAUAUGAAAAUUUUAGAAAUUUAUUAAAGGAAUUUCCAACCGUAGCAUCUGAAGUUAAAUUAAUUUAUGAUAAAAGAAAGUAGAAAUAUAAAACUUGUUUAUAUAUGAUUGAUCUAUAAAGAAAAAGAAAUUCUGGAUAAGAAUUUAAAGAUGUAAAAUAAUUAAAUCAUAAUUUUUUAGGAAUUAUAAAACAGUACAUAAUAUUAUCUUGGUUUAAUUGCAUAGUAUGAAGAAGAAGAAAAUAGAUUAAAUUAAAAGAAAGGUUUAUUAAAUAAAUAAAAGAAAAGUGUUUUGGAUUAGUUUUCUUUCAAAAAAAAAUUAGAGAAAAUGUCUGUAUUUCAAACACUUAAGUGA